CGUCCACGUCGUCAUGCUGGGAUCAUACGCCGGCUUCAACUCCACCUCGGAGCAGUACGGCUGGCUGGCACGCGACCUCGCCCGGGUGGACCGGCGCGCCACGCCGUGGCUCGUCGUGCUGGUGCACGCGCCGUGGUACAACACCAACGCCGCGCACGCAGGCGAGGGCGAGGCCAUGAGAAAGGCCAUGGAGAAACUCCUCUACGAGGCCCGCGUCGACGUCGUCUUCUCCGGCCACGUCCACGCCUACGAGCGCUUCACCAGGGUCUACAACAACGAGGCGAACCCGUGUGGGCCGGUGUACAUAACCAUCGGCGACGGCGGGAACAGAGAAGGGCUCGCGUUCGACUUUCAGAAGAACCACAAGCUGGCGCGGCUCUCGCUGAUGAGGGAAGCGAGCUUCGGGCAUGGCCGUCUGAGCGUCGUGAACUCCACCACCGCGCGCUGGGCGUGGCACCGCAACGACGACGUCGACUCCACCAUCCGCGACGACCUCUGGCUCGAGAGCCUUGCCGCCAACGCCGCGUGCCGGCCGCAGGCCAUCAACCUCGCCCAUGACUCUUGGAGCGAUGAGUUGUAG